GUGGAACAAAACAGAGAAUAAAAAACUUUCAGUCACUGCAUUUGGUAAAAUUAUUGGUUUAUAUAUUUUAUUGCUACGCGGAAUCUCCAACAUAUUGAACGUAAAAAUCGAUGGAAUAGCUUUCGUAACCGAAGUAUAACCUGGGUGCAAUGAUGGAACAGUGGCAGGAACUUAGUAUGGGGAAAUUAAGUAUAUCUGGGUGCGAUACUCAAUCGUCAUCCGAAGCAAAACAGCAGGCAAAACAACAAACAUCUCAAUUGUUACAACAGCAAAGCUAUUCAUCAAUAAUUGAUUUGCCCGAUUUUGGUGAUUGCAGUGAUGACCAGAAAUAUGUUAUUUAUAAGCAUGAUGAUUUGUUUUGUGAGAGUUAUCCAUUAAUGCGUGAAAUACGCAGACAAGGCAAACUUUGUGAUGUUACCUUAAAGGUUGAAGAUCAGUCCUUCUCGGCACAUCGUAUUGUGUUGGCAGGUACAAUACCGUACUUUUAUGCCAUGUUCACCAACAAUAUGGCUGAGAGCCGUAUAAAGGAGAUCACCAUGAAAGAGAUUGAACCGAACGCACUCGAAAGUCUCAUUAAUUACGCUUACAGUGGGCAGGUGCGCAUCGACAACCAGAAUGUGCAAAGUCUUAUGGUGGGUGCAUCGUUUUUACAGUUAACCAAGGUGCGUAAUGCCUGUGCGGACUUCUUGAUUUCACGAUUUCAUCCGCAUAACGUUUUGGGCAUACGUCAAUUUGCGGACUCUAUGGGUUGCACUCAUUUAAUUGAGGCUGCUGACAAGUACAUUGAUCAGAAUUUUGCAAAAGUCGUACAAUCCGAGGAGUUUUUGGGUUUGGAUUUUGGUGAACUAAUCGAUCUCAUACGACGCGAUGAGCUUAAUGUACCAAGCGAGGAAAUCAUUUUUGAGGCCUGCAUGAAAUGGGUAAAACAUAUAGAAGAGAAGCGUGCUGUACUUUUCCCACAGGUAUUAUCCAAAGUACGUUUACCAUUAUUAUCACCACAAUUUCUGGCAGAUCGUGUGGCACGUGAAGAGUUAAUACGCUCCUCACAUCAAUGUAGAGAUUUGUUAGAUGAGGCAAAAGAUUUCCAUUUAAUGCCAGAACGCCGAGGAUUGUUGCAAAGCUUCAGAACACGACAGCGUUGCGGUGAGUUUAUUAUGGGCCAGAUUUAUGCAGUUGGUGGACUAGCUAGCAACGGUGAAUCAGUGAGCACCGUGGAAAUUUACGAUCCAGUUGUCAAGAAAUGGGAAAUGGGCGAACAAAUGUCGAUGAUGCGCUCUCGCGUCGGUGUCGCUGUUAUGGAUGGUAAACUGUACGCUUUUGGUGGUUUCAAUGGUACCGAACGUCUGUCCACUGUAGAGGUAUACGAUCCAAAAAAGAAUAAAUGGUCACAGGGGCGUGCAAUGCUGUGCAAGCGCAGCGCCGUUGGGGUGGCCGCUUUAGAUGAUUGCAUUUAUGUUUGUGGUGGUUAUGAUGGUGUAACGUCUCUAAAUACAGUAGAAUGUUACUGUCCAAAGACUGAUAUUUGGAAGACGGUGGCACCCAUGAUGAAGUAUCGUUCGGCGGGUGGCGUUGCCGCAUUGGGAGGUUAUGUUUACGCGCUUGGUGGUCAUGACGGACUUUCUAUUUUCGAUUCGGUAGAACGUUACGAUCCGGUCAAAGACGUUUGGCUCAAAAUGCAUUCAAUGUUAAAUCGUCGCUGUCGUUUAGGUGUUGCUGCGCUAAAUGGCAAGCUAUAUGCUUGUGGUGGUUACGAUGGUACAUCAUUUCUGCGCUCAGUUGAGGUUUAUGAUCCAAUAACCGAUACCUGGAGUCUUGUAACGCCUAUGAAUUGUAAACGUAGUCGCGUUGCUCUAGCAGCAAAUAUGGGAAAAUUGUGGGCGAUUGGCGGGUACGAUGGUGAGUCCAAUUUAUCGACAGUUGAAGUCUACGAUCCCGAAACGGAUAAAUGGUCGUUUGAACCCUCAAUGUGUGCUCAUAGCGGUGGUGUUGGUGCUGGUGUUAUACGUAAACAAUAAUUAGCUUCAAUUUAUUCUUAUUAUUACUAAAUAUAGGCAAUAUUAUAUAGUACUCUUAGCUCAUAUGUAUUUUUAGAUUAUUAAUUUAUGUUUUUAAAAAGCAAAACUGCACUUGCUUGCCUUUUAUCAAAAUUAUUUAUGUGUCAUGUUAUAAUGUAUGCUCUCUAUUACACAAACUAUUUAAUGCACUUACGAAAAUCAUUCCAAAUUCUUUAGAAAACACUGAAAUAAAAGCGAAAUUUCAAAAUAAGCUAUUGGCUUAAAAACUUUAAAAGUAUUUGCCUAGCGGAAAUGGUACAGCGCUAUAUACUAAUUUGUCAAUUGUAUUAAACUAAAGCUAAUAUCAAAUAAAUAAAAAAAACUGCUGUCAGUUUUUAGCAAACAUUUUCGAUCAAGAAUAUGAAAAGUAGGCAUUUAGCAAUAUUAAUUAGCAUAGUAAUUUUACCUCCUAACAUUUAUGUAUGUAUGUGUUUUCAUAAAUAGAAUUGUAAAUUAUUGAACUGAAGUAAACACAAUGAUUGAAACUAAAACAAUUAUUGUUGACAUGUAGCACUUGAAGUUUUAGAAAUUAGAAAAAAUGUAGUAUUUAUUACUCAAUCACAUCGCGUACGAACCAAUAAAAGUAUAUCAAUGCAAUUACGCCCCCAAUAGAUAAAUUGUA